GGUAUGAGCAAAGAAAAGACAAAGAGGUACCGGGAAAGGUUAAACCAGGAUGAAGCCAGGCAUGAGGAGAUCCUUAGAGAGAGAAGGCAAAAAUAUCAAGAAAAGAAAGCUCAAGUAGAAAUUCCACCAAGGAAUAUAAUUUGCCUCCCCAAACAAAAGAAAGAAAAGCUUCGUGAAGACAAAGGCAAAGAACAGGAAGAAGAAGAAGGAUCUGGCAGCUAUUUUGGACAUAACCCCCCCCCAUCACCUGAAGGACUUGAUGUGUCCCAUGAAUAUGAUGGUGCCCUCAUCCCUGUCCAUGGUUCUCCUGCGCAUGGUCCCACAUCUAGGCCUUUGCUAUCUCCCAUUCAGAGUCCUCCAGCUAUUCUGUCAGCAAUCAGCCCUAACCUUCCCUUAGCCCAUCCACCAAACAAUAGUGGGAAGAAACGUUUGUCAAUCCAAAUUCAGAGCCAAAGUAAAGAAGCUGGAAAAGAAAACCUGAAGCUUAAAGCAGAGCUGGAUGGCAUUAGAAAAGUGAACAGCAAAAUGAGGGUCCAAAAGCAUCGCUGGAGCAUAAGUAAGGAAACUGUACGUCAAUCCACCAUCAGACGAGCAAAAAAAAGGUUGCUACAGAAAAAGAAAAAAAAGUAAUUCAUUUUCUGUGCAGAGAUGAAAACAGCAGGCUCUUGGCAGGAAAAAGGAUACAGUAGGGCGGAAACAUAAAUUGCAGCGGCGUGUUCUGACCAAGACAUUAUUGGAGCUCCACACCGAAUACAGCCAGGAAUGCACCUUGGCGCAUCAGAUGUCGUACUGUCAGUUUGUGAGGUACAGAUCCAAGCACAUCACGGAGGCCAGACCCACUGACAGGAAUACUUGUGCGGGUUAUCAGCACGAGAACAUGAGUCUCCUAAUAGAGUGUUUGGUACAAAAAGCCAUGAUCACAACCAAGAGCCUCUCCAAUCUUCUGUCUGAGAUCACGUGCAAUGCUGAAGAUCAGCAGUGUAUGAAGAGGCAGUGUGCAAACUGCUGUUUUGAUGAGGUGCAGCUCAACUCGCAUGAUCCCUCUGAAUUGGCAAGGUGGGGAGCAGUGGCAGCGAGAAGAUGUGACUGUGGGGGACAAGGUGUAUACAAACUGGGUUAAGAAAGGGGUGACUGGAACACUGGGACUGCUUGCAGAGGCCUUCCAGUGUGCCUUGGAGUCUGAACAUUAGGAUUUCAUACAAUUGUAAUCCUCACUGGAACUUUGUUUAAAAAAAUACUGUUUCACUCUUAUUUGUCAACAACCCACAAAUGUCUAAAUUGUUACCCUAAAUGUUUGUAUGUACACAGAACCUAUUUUUAACGUUACCCUUUAUCAGUCUUUUGAAUUGAAUGGCAUGGUGUUGCUAAGUAACGCAACUCAAAACAGAUGCACUAGUACUUAGUGCUUGACUGCAUAGUUUUGGGAACGUGAGCUGGCUUUGCAAGUUGAAUUAAGUUUUGUUUUAGGUCGAGAGGAAGAACAAACACACUUGACUCGGUUGCUGCUGUAUGUAAAUUAAAGUUAAACAUGACUGACGGAAAUGCCUCUCAGCGAAUGAAAUAUAACGUCAAAGACAAUUGUCCAAACAUACCAACGGCCGGGAAACUAAUACCUGAAGGAGACCGGGUUGAAUCCUGCUUGCAAGAAGCGAACAAGGGUAGGUGUUAUUUUUGUCCCCCCACCCCACCAGUGGUAAGGAAGUUUCGCAGCAGCAUCCUGCCAGAACCAGCAGCUGUCAGAGUCCACCAAGGAAAGGCAAAUGAUCCAGAUGUUGCCAGUACCCUUGUUCAUGGCUUCAGCACCAAAACGUCCCUCACUACCAUGUUCCAGCAGAAAUUACAAGAGCUCAGUGAAGCAGUGUACGCCUCCAGUAAAAAAGCCCCGGUGUGCAGGUCAUGUGAUCAGCAUGUUGGACUUCCCCCCUGGGCUACCGACAAAACUACUUAUGGUGUGAAAACCAUUAGAGGGCUCGAUGUGGGUGAGAUUAUUAAUCCUUUGAAAACGGCAGAGGAGUUGGAGAGGGAAGCUCAGGAGGGACAUGAGUCUUACAUCCGUAGCCACAAUGCCUAUUUUGUUGGUGAGAGGAUUGAUAGAAAGUAUGAAGGGGGUCACUACAGUAAAGACAGCAGGUUUGGGAUCGUCACACCUCAUUUCAAUGACGGACGUAAUAUUGGCAAAACCCUCCACUGGCUGGGGGAGACACAGAAGUUUUACAAUCCAAAUCCUGUUUGGAAGAGAUCUGGGAACAGGGAAACGAUGGCGCCACAAACUGGCAAAACUACGAAUUUGAGAGGGAAUACCUUAAAUCUUCCAGCCGAUCACACCUUUGGAAAUCCCUCGGUGCCUGAUGAAUUUGGCGUUGGAGAUCUGAUCCACUCCAUAGAGCCAGACGUGCGCGCGACAGGCCGAGACCGAGGCCGGCAGCGCAGCCUGGUCCACGCAGUGCAACACCACCUGAAGAAAGUCAAUUUCCAAAACUUCCCCUCCCCGCUGCAGGCAUUCAGACAUUAUGACAAGGCAGGGAAGGGAAUGAUUGACAUAGACGACCUGCAGGCAGUGUGCCAUCAGUUCCAGCUACAUGUGAGCAGACCAGUUCUGGAUGCCCUCAUGGACUACUGUGACACAGACAAGGAUGGACUUAUCAACUUCCUGGAGUUUUCCAACUUCCUCAACUGGAAGGACAAGAUUCCCAACAACAUGCGAGAGCAGUUCAUCAUGACAAAUGAAUGUCAGACCAGCACCCUUCCGGCUGCCAUGGAGAGGAAGCCUUUGUCAGAGUCAGCACAGCUUCCUGCCUCGCGGGCCCUCGUUAAGCCUGAGGACCUGGAGCCCUUCAAGCCAGGCAGCUCACUUAAGACCCUCAGGAGACACAAGGCCGCCCCAGACCACUUUAUGACCUCCUCCAACGUUAUCGGGUCUGUCAGGGGUCCAUGCACAUCAAACAGCCUAGCCUACGGGGUCCAGUCUGUGCGAGCCGACCUUCCAGCGCCGCGCAUAAAGAGAGUCAGCGAUACGAACAAAUACGGUGACGCGACCACAGCUGGAGAUUUUCUGUAUCCAUCAGUUCAUACUCUGCAUGGUGUUCACGAGAAACUCUUCUUCUUACCUCGCACCAAGAAGGAGAUAGCUGAGAUCUUCAGGAAUGUGGGUGUUGGUUCCGAGGAGAUGUAUAUGGAAGCCUGGAAGCUGGCGUCCAUGAAGCAUCCGGCCGGGGAGGUUUCUGUUGAGGCUUUCCGUAACACACUAAAGGAAAUGAAAGCAAUGUAAUGCUCUAGCUGUUUUACCAGCAGUGUUUCCUCAUCGCAAACAAUCCAUCCUCAUUGCAUAUUCCACACCAAUAAAUAAAUAAAUGUUCCCCUGUCAGAAAUGUGGGUGGGUUUUCAUCUCAAUUACAAACUAUUCUAAUAAUAAUAAGGUUGAUACUUUUAGACCUCAACAUUUUUUAAAAAAGGACACCGAUUGUGUUAGAGUAGUUUUAGCCUCUACUUGUUUGAUUUAACCUGAAUUCUAGUAUCAGUUUCCUGUCAAAAUACAUUACAAAAGAUUCAAACACAUCACAUGAUGUGUGGCGUAAAAGAAGUACGUAAACACACCAAAGUUUAUAAAACAAUCUAAUCAAAAAUAUUUAGCCCUUGUUUUUUUUUAUUUAAUUGUAUGUCCUUUCAUAACAAAUCAACAACACAUUUUUCUGGCUGUCAUCUCACAAAGUAUUUAAUAACACAACAAAUUCAGAGAUAAACAGCAAGCAAAAUACAUGUUUUUCCUGCUACAUGUCUGUUUAUUGAGAGUCAGUGUCUCAAUUAAAAUGGAAAAAAUAGAAUUUCAUGUAAACAUUUCAUCUUUCGUAGUUGGAGGUCAUUUUUUUUGUUGUUGGUAUACUUAAGCUGCUGUGAAAGGGUGAUAAUCUUGAUUCAUCGCUCUGGACUUAAUGGAUACUGAUUAAAUUACAGUAUUAGUUUAGAUUUUCAGGCACAUUCUAUCUUGUAAUUAUAUUAAUCAACCAGAAAAUGUGAGUUUGAUAGAGAUAGCACAGUU